AUGCAGAAUUUUAUUGUAUUUAUCAUUGCUGUUAUCGUGACUAUGAAUAUUCAAUUUUUAAUUGGUGUACCAUUAAUUAAUGACGAUGAUUAUUAUAAUAAUGAAAGAUCAAAACGUUUCGAUCAAACAUUUCUUCCAAAUGGAAAUUUUUCAUUAGUUACAAAGGAAAAAUUGAUUAAAUUACAAGAACUUGCCAAUGUUGUACAUGAUCCAAAAUUACAUGAUUUAUAUCGUGCAGUUAAUCAUUAUGCACAAAUGGCUAAGAAAAAUAAUGAAUAUGUCUUAUGGAAAUAUGAUGCUAAUCAAGAAGGUCUUGUUCUUGUACUGAAACAAAAUUUAAAUGGUAUACUUUACUAUGGCUAA